AGCAAAUGCAAACUACUCCUGAAAUGAUACAACAGCAGCACUAUUUGCGCUCUUUUGAAACGAUGCACACAGUUGAUGCCACUCAGAACCCAUUCCAUACUGCUCCUAUGGGCAAGAUGGAAUUCAUGCAUAUGCAUCAGCCAAGCUCUCCUACCUCUCCAACCGCACCAUCUGGUCUACCCUCAUCUCUUCAAGCCGCAAACGCGGAUGUGUAUAUACCCAUGAACGUCAUGACCUCUCAACAAUACAAGACUCAUGCUUGCCAAGAGUGUCGUAAAAGGUUCAAGCGUUUGGAACACCUUAAGCGCCAUAUGCGAACACACACUUUGGAACGUCCAUUCUCAUGCCCUGUACCUGGCUGUGGCAAGGCGUUUUCCAGGAGUGACAAUUUGUCACAACAUGUCAAAACCCAUCAAAGACAUCAAUACAGAGAACGAACAGCCGCAGCACAAGCUGCUGUCACCGUGAACAGUAGCAUCUGGGAGAACGCUACGGCCGUUGACUGCUGAGAUUGAGCCAAGUG